AAAAUGUAUGAAGAGAAUCAGUCUAUCGUAUCAGAAUUUGUACUUUGGGGACUUGCCCACUCACAGAGUACUCAGUUCUUACUCUUCAUGAUGUUUUUGAUGGUUUAUCUACUCAUUGUAUCUGGAAAUAUUCUUGUCAUGGUUUUAAUAAUGGUGGAUUCCCAUCUCCAUUCCCCUAUGUACUUCCUGUUGGCCAACCUGUCCUUUGUUGAUAUGUGGCUUUCCUCAAUCACCACUCCUAAAAUGAUCACAGACUUUCUCAGAGAAAACAAGACCAUUUCCUUUUCAGGGUGCAUGUCUCAAAUCUUCUUCAUCCAUUGCUUUGCUGAAGGAGAGGCAGUGCUGUUGGUGGUAAUGGCUUAUGACCGCUAUGUGGCCAUCUGCAAACCACUCCACUACUUCAUCAUCAUGAACCGGAAAAGAUGCACUGGGUUGGUGUUGACUUCCUGGACCAUUGGCUCAUGCCAUGCCUUGAGUCAUCUGGUAGUGAUUGUGCAGCUGCCCUUUUGUGGGCCCAAGGAAAUUGAUAGUUUUUUCUGUGAUAUGCCACUGGUAAUCAAGUUAGCUUGUAUGGAUUCUCAUGACUUGGAUAUUUUCACAAAUGUUGACUGUGGGGUUGUGGGUAUACCGUGCUUUAUUCUGUUGCUCAUAUCCUACACAUAUAUCCUUAGAACUGUACGACAGAACUCUAAAGCUGGUGCAUCUAAGGCCCUGUCCACUUGCACUGCCCACGUCAUGGUGGUGAUGAUCUUUUUUGUGCCCUGCAUCUUCAUCUAUGUAUGGCCCCUCAAAAUCACAUGGUUGGACAAAUUUUUUGCUGUAUUUUACUCUGUUUUCACACCUCUCCUAAAUCCAGCCAUUUACACAAUGAGAAAUAAAGAGAUGAAAAAUGCUAUGAAAAGGUUAAUAAAUAACUGCUUGGAUUCCAGAAGAAAAUUUUAA